AUGGCAGCAUCAGUGCCACUGCCGGUCUCCCUUGCCCAGCCCAUUGCAACGGUAAUCGAGGCACAUUACACACUACGGCAUACGCCCAGCCAAGACUGGGACAAGAUCCCCAAAUCGCAAACCAAACCCAGCGCGCCGGAGACGAGAGAGGCCGACUCCACCACGCAACCACGCUGUAAAAUGGACGCCGUGCCACCAGAACCCAAGCGCGAUGUCAUAUCGACUUUGUUCCAGGAAGACCAAGACCGGAAAGGAAAUGGAGCCAAGACCACGAUGAUCGCAUCGGUGAAAUCGGAUCGUGCCACUCCAGCAGGUGGAGCAGUCGGGAUCGCGAGCAAAAAGGAAACCUGUGCCCAGUGCAUCUCGGGGAUGCUCAAGCAUGCUGCCUAUAGGCUGGUGGCGGGUGCGAUCGAGGGUGGAUUAGCGAUUUCCCGCGGUGGAUUCUUCUUUGUUUUUUUCUGCCUCUGUGAGGGGUGUGUGCCCACACGAGAAUCAGGCCUCACGAUGGAUCUGGAUCUGGUAGAACGCUAG